UUGAAGUAAAAAACAAAGUUGCUUAAGAUUUAAGUCCACAACAAGCUUUAUAAGCACCCUCGAUGGACCUCACUCCCUACCUCUCAAUAUCACACUGUUUGUUAUUCAUUCAUGGCUUUCCCUCACCAACAAACUGUUGACUAUCCAAGUUUCAAGCUCCUCGUUGUAGGCGAUGGAGGAACUGGAAAAACCACUUUUGUGAAAAGACACUUAACUGGAGAGUUUCAGAAGAAAUAUGAACCUACCAUUGGUGUGGAAGUUCAUCCACUAGAUUUUUAUACAAAUUGUGGAAAAAUUCGGUUUUAUUGCUGGGACACUGCUGGCCAAGAAAAAUUUGGUGGUCUCAGAGAUGCUUAUUACAUUCAUGGACAAUGUGCUAUUAUUAUGUUCGAUGUAACUGCUCGUUCGACAUACAAAAAUGUUCCAACAUGGCACUCAGAUCUCACUAGAGUUUGUGAGAACAUACCCAUUGUUCUUUGUGGAAACAAGGUUGAUGUGAAGAAUAGACAGAUUAAACCAAAGCAAGUUACAUUUCACAGGAAGAAGAAUCUACAGUACUAUGAGAUAUCUGCAAAGAGUAAUUAUAAUUUUGAGAAACCUUUCUUAUACCUUGCCCGGAAACUUGUAGGCGAUACGAACCUUCACUUUGUGGAGAUGCCUGCUCUCGCUCCUCCUGAAGUAGUCAUUGAUAUAACUGCGCAACAAUUGAAUGAACAGGAGAUAUUGGCGCCCUAUUCUAUGCCUCUUCCUGACGACGACGAUGAUGAUCUAUUUGAGUAAACUAGAGGGUUUUCUAGAGUUUAAUUUCAUGAUAGUUUUUUGUUCUGUUUGUGAUGAAUUGCAUUUCAUCGCAAAAGAAAUUAGGAAAUAAGUUAGUAGCAGUUUUAGCUAGUGUAGGCAAGGCAAGGCCAGUUUACCAAAUUUUUCUUAGUGUUAUUUCUGCAAUUAUGCUAAUGUAAUCAUAAUUAGUUGACUUCUUCAGUCACUAAUUAAACCUUUGAGUGAUGCAAUUCAAAGUAUAUUUGCUUGAUAA